GCAGCGGCUGCGGGGGCGGCGGCGGCGGCAGCGGCCUCCACGGAGACGCCAAGUCGCCCCCUGCGCCCCACAACAAGGCGCUCGCCGGCGUCAAAGGCGACCAGCACCCCUCGAUGGCCUUCCUGCAGAACCGGUCUAUCUCGCUGGUGGACAUGUACAUUGACAACUCGGAGCCGUCGGAGAACGUCGGCCAGAUACACUUCAGCCUGGAGUACGAUUUCCAGAACACCACGCUUAUUCUCAGGAUCCUAACGGCGAAGGACUUGCCCGCCAAAGACAUCACUGGUACUUCAGACCCUUACGUCCGCGUCACGCUGCUGCCUGACAAGAAACACCGGCUGGAGACGAAGAUCAAGAGGCGCACCCUCAACCCGCGCUGGAACGAGACUUUCUACUUUGAAGGGUUUCCCAUUCAGAAGCUGCAGAGCAGAGUACUGCACCUCCACGUCUUUGAUUACGAUCGCUUCUCUCGAGAUGAUUCCAUCGGCGAAGUUUUUCUUCCUCUCUGCCAGGUGGACUUGUCAGAGAAGCCAUCGUUCUGGAAGGCGUUGAAACCGCCGGCCAAGGACAAGUGUGGGGAGCUGCUGACGUCCCUGUGCUACCACCCCAGCAACAGCAUCCUCACCCUCACUCUACUCAAGGCUCGCAACCUCAAAGCCAAGGAUAUCAACGGAAAGUCAGAUCCCUAUGUGAAAGUAUGGUUGCAAUUUGGAGACAAACGGAUUGAGAAACGUAAGACGCCCAUCUUCAAAUGCACUUUGAACCCUAUCUUCAAUGAGACAUUCAGCUUCAACGUGCCGUGGGAAAAAAUAAGGGAAUGUUCUCUGGACGUAAUGGUGAUGGACUUUGACAACAUAGGAAGAAAUGAACUGAUAGGCCGCAUUCUCUUGGCUGGUAAAAAUGGCUCUGGAGCAACCGAGACUAAACACUGGCAAGACAUGAUUACAAAACCCCGACAGACAAUUGUACAGUGGCAUCGACUGAAACCAGAAUAAGGGCAGUAGUUCAGUAUUUCACUACCGUAUUUACUAUUUUUUUGUGUCACGUCCUUCCUGACUUGAUGAAGAGUAAUUGUUUGCUUCCUGCGUAAUUUACAUACAUGUAUUCGUUGAUAGUCGCCCAAGAAAUUCUCUUUUAGAAAAUUUAAUCCAUACUGCUACAGUUACAUUGUUUUAAUUUGUUUCAGUAUGAACUCUGAUCUCUUUGGAAACUUCACUGUCGGUCCAUUCACAGUAAUAAACAUUCCCAUACCAUUGUUCCCGCUGUUGCUAGUACAUAUAUCUGUUUGAUUUUGGAAUUGUUUACCACAACAGCAAAUAUAUUGUGCAGUAAAUACGGUAGAGAACUGGGAAAUAAAGUAAGAAUUAUAAAAAUGUGUACAUAUAAAAUGAUGAUGUAGUCUCUCUAUACUCAUCUGUGUCUAAGACUAGUUGCAUGCUUAUAUAUCUGUUGAUCAUCUGUUAUUCAGCUGUCCGAAACGUAAUUCCUUUGCUACACCUUGCAGUGUUAAUAGUUAUACCACUAAUAUCAUGAACUGAUAUCAUGUUAAUUUUAUUCUUAGGCCACAUAAUUAUUUUGGCUUCUCUGGAGUACUAUAAAACCUUUUAUGCUUGACAAUGGAGCAUAUUUUAUCCCACUGUACCAUAUACUUCUGUGCUCGAUAUGUACAUACAUGAUCUCUCUCUGACAUUGUAUUAUUAUCAUCAGCUAUGAGUGUAAUGCUGUUUACAAGUAAGUGGAAAAUUUUAUAGUCUAUCUGAUGUAUCAUAACCAGAUUAGCAAAUAAGUAGCGUAAUGGUAGUGUGAAAUAAUUUUUCUGGAAUACUAUUUAUUUAUGUAUUUUAAAUAUCUAUUGAAGAAGGUAUAUGUGCCCCUCAAAUUGUGACCCUCUCCUUAAAAUUCCCCUUUUUUGGAAAAAAAUCAUGUAUUCUCAAGAGAGUAUCCCUUUUAACAUAAAUUCUCAAAUAUAGCAUAAAAGUGAUCAUUACACCAGCAAAAAUUACAUAGCAGGAAGAGUAAAGCUGAAAGAGAAUAUUGGGGAUAAUAUUAACACAGAGACAAUUAUUGUUAAAACUGAAUACAAUCUGAUUUGAGUUGCAUAGUUAUGUUUACCACAAAUUAUUAAAAGUGAUGUAACACAUAAAUUGUUACAUAUUUCUUGUUGUGUACAUUUUUAUCUGAUUGUUAGA